AUGUUCGCUCUGCAGAGCUUUGGCCGGAUGCAGGGGGCCUCUCGAGGCAGCAUCCCGCGAAGACAGCUGUUUACGGCCAUCAGACGCCGAACUCCGCUAAUUCCAGCGCCGCGUCCUACUUGCCGCGCUCCUCUAGCAUCGCCGAGCGUACGGUAUGCUUCCUUGGAGGCCGGCGAAGAUGACUCUGGUCACAUUUCCUCAGGGCCGAACGAGGGCAUCCUUUUCUUUGGCAGUGUCCUCCCGCUGCGACUCCAGUGGCUUCUCCGGCUACCGUUCCACACGGAUAGGAUAGCCCCAGAGUUCCUGAAGCGCAUCAAUGACAACCCCACGAUAGCUGCGGCCGACCCUGUAAAGCUGAUGCAGAAGGCCAUGAGUGGUCAGCCAACGCUACAGAUCAAAGAGGUCCUCCCAAGGCUCAAAGAAGGCGGUGCCUUCGUAAAGUUCAGCCACGACGCGAGCGCUUCCCCCAGCGAAGUCGAAGCGGCAUUGAAAGCGUACCUCAAGGAGAAGCAGAUCAGACCAUGGUGGAACCCUUUCCAGCGGAUCCGUGCAGCCCUGGUGCGCGGCCGACCAUGGGUAGAAGACCUUUAUCGGCUGCCGAGCUCCAGGGUGAAAGUGGAAUUCAUGCCGUCAGGUCCAGGCGAACAAGCGGCAGAGCUGUCGCAGGAGCAAUUGUAUAGCUUCUUCAGGCCUUAUGGCAAGCUAGCGGACAUCAUAGCACAGCCUGCAGACUCGAAAAUCGUACCCAGAUUCGCGUAUCUCGACUUCGCCGAUGCCCGUCGUGCAAUCAUGGCGAAGAACUGCAUGCACGGCUUCAAAGUGCUAGAAGAGGAGGGAGGUGGCAAGGCAGGCACAAUCUUCCGCCUUACGUACGAGCGGAAAGCGAAGCCUCAUUGGAUUCGGGAUUGGUUCUUCAAUCACCCCAGAAUCGUCAUUCCUGCGCUGGCAGUCCUCAUUACCUCGAUCACCGUAGCCAUCUUCGACCCUGUCCGAACCUUCUUCAUCAAGGCGCAUAUUACCCGCCAGUUCCACUUGACGGACAAUAGGAUUUACAAGUGGUUCAAGGCCCAAGCCACUGACAUCUUGGUAAAAAUGCGCCACAAAGACGACGACGAUGCCGGUAUGGAAGCUGUCUGGGACGACCGUAAAGAUCUUAUCGAGCAGAUUCAGACUUGGUUACUGGAAUCUGUGAACACCUUCAUCAUUGUGCAAGGACCUCGCGGCUCGGGCAAGAGGGACUUGGUGGUCGAUCAGUCUCUGAAGCACAAGAGGUACAAGGUCAUCAUCGAUUGUAAACCCAUCCAGGAAGCCCGCGGUGACAGCGCGACCAUAUCCGCAGCGGCGGCACAAGUGGGCUACAAGCCGGUCUUCUCCUGGAUGAACAGCAUCAGUGGCAUGAUCGAUAUGGCUGCCCAAGGCGCGACUGGCGUCAAGACCGGCUUCUCGGAGACGCUGGACUCGCAGUUGACCAAGAUUUGGAACAACACAGCUACAGCGCUCAAGCAGAUAGCGCUGGAUGGCCGCAAGAAGGACGACAAAGAUGCCCACUUAGGAGACGACGAAUGGCUUGAGGCACACCCCGAGCGCCUGCCCACAGUCGUCAUAGACAACUUCUUGCACAAGAGCCAAGAAGGGAGCGUUGUCUACGACAAGCUAGCUGAAUGGUCCGCGGGUCUCAUAACCGCAAACGUCGCGCACGUGAUAAUUCUCACAAACGACGUCUCCUACUCCAAAUCCCUCAGCAAAGCGCUCCCCAACCGCGUCUUCCGCGAAAUCUCCCUCAGCGACUGCUCCCUCGAAACCGCCAAGCGCUUCGUCAUUACGCACCUCGACGCCGACAACGAUGACCUCCCCGUCGACCCUUCAGAGAAACACCUCAUGCCCUCACAGCGCCGCAAAGACCUGCACGAGCUCGACGACGUGCUCCCCCUCCUUGGCGGCCGCCUCACCGACGUCGCAUUCCUAGCCAACCGCCUCAAGUCCGGCGAGACGCCGUCCAAGGCCGUGCGGGAGAUAGUGCGGCAGUCCGCGUCCGAGAUUCUGAAGAUGUACAUCCAGGGCAGCGACGAGGAACGGAGAUGGAGCCCCGAGCAGGCCUGGCAUCUGAUCCGGACGCUCGCGGCGAAGGAGACGCUGCGCUACAACGAGAUCCUGCUCGCUGACACAUACAAAUCCAACGGCGAGAAGGUUCUACAGGCGCUUGAGCAAGCGGAACUCAUUUCUGUUGUCUCGGUGAACGGGCGACCGCACUCCAUCCGCCCGGGCAAGCCGGUGUAUCUGCCGGCAUUCAGGCUGCUGCAUGAGGACCGCGUGCUAAGGAGCCGGCUGGAUCUGGCGCUGCUCAAUGAGAGCAUCAAGGUGGAGAAUGUCUCGAUUGAGAAGUACGAGACGGAGCUGAGGAACCUGGCCGAACUGCCGAAGCAGCCGACAGAGCUAGCGCCGAGGAUCAAGUGGUUGUUGGGGAAGGUGGAGGCGAGUCAGACCAAGGUGGAGGCGUAUGAGAGUGAGAGUAGUGCGUUGAAGAAGGUGCUGGUGAGUGAGUAUUAA